AAAAAUCAAAAUGCGUUUCUUAUUAUCUGUGGGAAUUGUCUUCGUUGUGUAUUUGGCUUAUGCCCAAUCCGACUCCUGUGUACAAUGUAACUCCUCGACGGAUCCCAAAUGUGCCACCCAACCUGAAAAUUUCUUGGCCAAGCAAUGUGCCAAUACCAGUUCCACCUGCUAUGUACGCGUUGUCGAUGGUGUCACCAUUCGUGGCUGUGCCAGCGAAUUGGAUAAUGCCACCUUGGCCAGCUGCAACAACAAUAUGGAAUGUAUGACCUGCAGUUUCAUGGAGGGCUGCAAUGGUGCCGUCUUCCCACAAUAUCGUCUCAGCUGUAUCCAAUGUUCGGGCAAUUUGAACAGCACUUGCUCUUUGGAUAUUGCUGCACGUCCCACAAUCUGUCCCACAUAUAAAUUGGGUGACAAAUGUUACAUUCGCCGUGAUGACAUGAACACCACUCAAUCAUUCCAACGUGGCUGUCUCUCGACCGCUCAGGCUAAUGGUGUGUGCACCGAUCUCAGCGAUUGCUACACCUGUGAGGGUGCCGGUUGCAAUUUCUUGCAAGCCAAUGAGACAGUUAUUCCCUGGGCCAAGGGUUCCGCCUACACUUUCGGAUCAUCAUUGUUCCUGAUGGCUGUGGCCUUCUUUGUUACCCGUCAAUCUUAAGGAGUGGA